AUGAUUUGGAGCUCAGCUUUACUGCUCGGCUUGGUCCUGGGGACGGGUGCUUUUGUGCUGGAUGAUCCAGAGGAUGGUGGGAAGCACUGGGUGGUGAUCGUUGCUGGCUCCAAUGGCUGGUACAACUAUAGGCACCAGGCAGAUGCAUGCCAUGCCUACCAGAUCGUCCAUCGCAAUGGGAUUCCCGACGAGCAGAUCAUCGUGAUGAUGUACGACGACAUCGCCAACUAUGAAGACAACCCCACUCCAGGCAUCGUGAUUAACAGACCCAACGGCACAGACGUGUACAGCGGUGUCCUCAAGGAUUACACCGGUGAGGAUGUCACCCCAGGAAAUUUCCUUGCUGUGUUGAAAGGUGAUGCAGAGGCAGUGAAGGGCAAAGGCUCCGGGAAAGUCUUGAAGAGUGGCCCCCGGGAUCACGUCUUCGUGUACUUCACCGAUCACGGAGCUCCGGGGUUGCUGGCUUUUCCUAACGAUGAUCUUCACGUGAAGGACUUGAACAAGACCAUCCAUUACAUGUACAAGCACAAGAUGUACCAAAAGAUGGUGUUCUACAUUGAAGCCUGCGAAUCUGGUUCCAUGAUGAAGCAUCUGCCCGAUGACAUCAAUGUUUAUGCAACUACUGCUGCCAACCCCAGCGAGUCGUCCUAUGCCUGCUACUAUGACGAACAGAGAGCCACCUACCUGGGCGACUGGUACAGCGUCAACUGGAUGGAAGACUCAGACGUGGAGGACUUGACGAAGGAGACCCUGCACAAGCAAUACCAGCUGGUCAAAUCCCACACCAACACCAGCCACGUCAUGCAGUACGGAAACAAAUCCAUCUCCACCAUGAAGCUGAUGCAGUUUCAGGGCAUCAAACACAAAGCCAGCUCGCCCAUCUCCCUGCCUCCUGUCAAGCACCUGGACCUCACCCCUAGCCCCGAGGUGCCCCUGGCCAUCAUGAAAAGGAAACUCAUGGCUACCAAUGACCUGCAGGAGACCCGGGACCUUCUCCAGAAGAUAGACAGGCAUCUGGAGGCCCGGCACCUCAUAGAGAAGUCUGUGCAAAGGAUUAUCUCCAUGCUGGUGACAUCUGAAGCGGAGCUGGAGGAGUGCCUCACCAAGAGAGCGGAGCUCACAGAGUACUCCUGCUACCAGGACGCUGCCACGUACUUCCGCACACACUGCUUCAACUGGCAUUCCUCCAAGUACGAGUAUGCGUUGAGACAUUUGUAUGUGCUGGUCAACCUCUGUGAGAAGCCCUACCCAGUGGACAGAAUAAAGCUGGCUAUGGACAAGGUGUGCCUCGGUUACUACUGA